UUCAUCAAAACGAACGUUGACCCCGCCCGCGGUUUGUUAAACAGCGUUGACGUGUCUGUGUAUAAAAAUAAGCGCACACAGGUCAGCUAGCUAGCUUUCAGUGUAGCCUGACGUUCCAGUGAAGUCGUUUAGCACGAAUCUAUUUAGCUCGGUUCGGCAUGGCGGAGGGGAGCGGGAACGUUAACGUCGGUCCGUCCAACCUCCCUCCGGGAGACCCGCAGCUCAUCGCCAUGAUUGUGGAGCACCUGAAGAACCGCGGGCUGUUUGACGAGUUCCGGCGGGACUGCCUGGCCGACGUCGAUACGAAGCCUGCUUAUCAGAACCUGCGGCAGAAAGUUGACAACUUUGUCACGUCUCAGCUGAGCACACAGGACUGGAACCCGUCCAUCAACAAGAACCAGAUGAGGAAUGGACUCAGACAGAGCGUUGUUCAAUCGGGGAUGCUGGAGUCUGGAGUGGACAGGAUCAUCACUCAGGUCGUAGACCCCAAAAUGAACCACACUUUCCGGCCACACAUAGAAACUGCCAUACAUGAUUUCCUGUCAGGGGACCGGAAGGAGGAAAACACCCAGAGUGGUAACUCUGCACCGUCUGAGCAGACAGAAGUGCAAGAGACCCUGUCUGCCUCUGGUCCCAAAACCCCCGUCAAAGGUCAGAGAAAGGCCCGCUUCAACAGUCCAGUUCGGCUUCGAUCAGUGUGGAACAUGCAGGCCAACCUGUCCAAAGAGUGUUUGCUGCUUUUUCUGCUCCUGGCCUGUCAACAGGUGCUGAACGUGGAUCCGUAUGAUGUCCAGGAGAAACAAGCGAGCCAGGCCAAAAGACGUCUGUCGCUGCAGAGCACAGCUGAGAUCCAGAGCUGUCUGGUGAGUUCAGGGGAUGUUGGCUGUGGGAUGUUUCAGUGUUUCAGCAACAACUCCUGUGAAAUCCAGGGGCUGCACCACAUCUGUCUCACUCUGCUGCACAACGCCGGCCGCUACGACUCACAGGGAAAGUCAUUUGUGAAGGAUGCGUUGCGGUGCAUGGCGCUGGGACUGCGGCAACGCUUUAGCUGUGUGAGUCGCCGGUGCUCUGCAGUAAAAGAGAUGGUGUCCUCGCUCCAGAGAGAGUGCUACUCCAAACACCAGCUCUGCCUGGCAGUACGGGACCACAUGGACACCAUGGGCAGCCUGGUCCAAUUCCACCUGAUGUUUCCCCCGGGACCAUACGUGGAGCUGAUGAACUUCUUGCUGAAGUGUGGAGAGGAGGUCAGGUUGUGGGUUGCUCGGCGUUUGCGUGGGCAGUGCGAGCAACACUGGGGGGCGCUGUGCAGCUUUGGUGCCACUUGUUCUUUAGACCAAUCAGAUGCUCCACAGGACACCCCUUCCCCACCACCCACUGCACCUUGGCCUAUCACUGCUCAAGGGACACUGCAGCAGCCAACUGGAGUGGCUGAACCAGAUAACGGUAGUGCACUCAUUAAGAUCGACAAUGCAACUGAAUCCGGCCUAGAGGUGUCCGAGAAAUCCAACGUUUCUGCUUCAUAAAGAAACAGGCGAGUCGCGCAGAGGUGCAGACAGGGUACACAAAGAUCAUGCACUUAUUACUAUAGUAUUAAAGUAGUGGUAGUAGUAGAAGUUUUAUCAGAGUAUUCAGUGUAGUAUUGCUGGUGAAAGCAAUACAACAUAACUUAUUUAAUCUGUUGGAUAUGUGUGCUAUAUGAAUAUUUUUCUUUACAUUUGACUUUGUACAAGAAUGAAAACCAAUGAUCUACCUCACUACAACAUCACAGUAAUCCACAGUGUCUGUCUCCUUCAGCAAAGGGCAGGGACACGCGAGUGAACAUUACAGGGAAUUUGUGUCUAGCUCAAGUGCAGCUGAUAGCUCAAAGUCAGUAUUCUACCUAUUUAAGUUUUUGUAUUUAUGAGGAUUAUGUUAUGUUAUGCACAGUAUAGUUGACACAUUGUCAAACAUUAUCUUGUAGACCGUCGGGGUGCAGUCUGCAGGAAGGGAAGCACUCUUUGGUUAUGACGUGUCAUAAACGUGUAUUUUUGACGUUCUACUUGAACAAUCACAUUUCAGACAGAUCCCAGGUAUCAAGCUAUGUUUUGUAAGUUUUUAUUUAAAUUUAUCUAAAAAUACAUUUGUAAGCUUUUUGAUUGAAAUGAAAUAAACUACAAUGAUGUCACUGGACAGAGAGAA